AAUUACCAGAAUAGAAACAACAUGGCGAUAAGACAACGUCCGUCUAAAAUGAAACUAUGAAGGAACUACCAGACUCCCACGAGCAGAGAUGACCUCUUGGGAUGUUUUGGUUGUUUCUGUCCACGCAUUGCCCAAGAGAUGAAGAAGGCAACAGAAAAACCCGGAGAAUCAAAACCGGAUGUUGACAAAGCAAAACGUGUUUACAGGGUAGCUUUAGAUGCUAUAAAGAAGCUUGAUGAGAUUUUGAAGCAGAAGAAGGCAUACAGAGAUGUCUUUCUACAGGAUGCUGUGGGACUCAGAAACAAGUUGAAAGAAUACUGUGAAAGGUUGAUGUUCUAUAACCCAGUGGAUUAUGGGAGGAAGGCAGAAGAAGUUUUAUGGAGGAAAGUCUUUUAUGACCCUAUUCAGCUGGUCAAGAAAAACAGAAGGCACCUGCGAUCUGGGAGUUCUCUGGAGGCUGCCUUUCGGACCCACCUAUCGGCAGCCACUGGAUAUUACCACCAUCUCAUCUUCAGACUUCAGUCGGAGUUUGGCCUCAAGCUCAAUAGAACUUUAGAUUUCUUCCUUAUACCGGAAUCCAAAUCUGGACAUAAGAAAUCAAUGACUCAGACCGUUAGACGGAGGGAUGCCACACCCGCAGUUCAGGACUGGGCUACCAAGGCUUGUCAUCGAUGUCUGGUCUGCCUCGGGGAUAUUGCUCGCUAUCAGCAGGAGUUUGACAAAGGUGUUAGUAAAGCAGCAGCUGAGCGUUUCUAUCAUCAGGCUAUAGCUCUCUUCCCAGACAACGGGAUGCCACACAAUCAGCUGGGCACAUUGAAGGGUUCACGUUAUUUCCAGUGUGAGGCUGCGUAUCAUUACUUAAGAUGUAUGGUGUGCGAGAAGGCAUUUGAUGGAGCAGAGGGGAAUCUGGAUAGGUUGUUUGAGAAGAACAGAAAGAGAUUCAGAGAACUACAGCAAAACAGCAACCAGAGUCUUCCACCUGAACUACAAAGGCAAUAUGACGUGAAAUUCUUCCUCAUUCACUUCAUUCAUCUGUUGGAUGUUUUCUUUGAUACAAAUAAAAGCAUUGAUGCAGCAGAACUCCAGGAGUCUUGCCAGUCAGCUUUACAGAGCUUUAACCUGUGCAUGUUUUAUGAACCAGUGGUGUAUGCAGAAGAAGAAUAUCGAGAUGAGAAUCUGCAGUAUUUGGAUGAUGAUCUGGUGUUUAGGCUUGUGGUGAUUUGUAUGUCUACCAUCCAUUUACUGCAGAUCAGAGGAUCCAAACAAGUAACAGCGGCCACAGCCUUCCUGUUAGCUUUGUUCUCACAUAUCCUGAACCACAUAGUAAUACGUCUCCACAACGCUCUGUAUGAGAAAGAAAAUCCAAACAAACUGCUUCAUCAUGAAAAAGAGGCUAAUGGGGAGGAUGAAUUGUCAGAGAUUGAGGCAAAGGAUAAGAAGACUUCCAAUGGACCGAAGGGUGAUCCCUCCCAAUAUCACACCAUAGACCGCCGGGUGAAAGGGGGUGAUCAGAACGGCCAAGGCAGGGAGGAAAACAAGGGAGGUAACACCAAGAAAAGCAGCAGAAUUAAAAAUGUGAAGAGACGACGUCAGAGGCGAAGAGGAGGGGGAAGUGACAGCUCAGAUAUGUCUGAUGUGUCGGACCUGAGUGAAGGUGGUGAGGAUCUGUCUGACCAGUUUCUAUCCGAUGAGUCUGAGGAGGAGUUUGUAGGCUUCUUCACCAAUGACUCUGACUCGGAAAUAUCGGACGAUCUCAUGGAGAGUCAGGAACUAGAGCCAGGGUUCGCCUCCAAAUCACCAUCCAGUAGUGCCAAGCCAACUCCAGACUCGAGUGCCACAAACGUAAACUCAAACAGCCUUGAUCUGAUGGGUUCCCAGACUAACAUCUGGUCAGCGGAUUCUGAUUCACUCGCUCAUUUGUCCUCCGAGCUUCUGUCGUCAUCAAUGACAUUACUGGGACAGAACUACCGACUGGAGGCUCAGAACAGUCGAACAGAGAAGGAUGAGGCAGAGCUGGCUAAUUGUGAGGAGGUGGUACAAGGGAAAAAGGAGGUCCCGGUACCUCCAGGUUUUGCCGCAUCUUCUGAGGCCAGACAUGUGGCAGAAAUCACCAGCAAACUGGCCAACUUUGUGAUAGAGACCGACACAGAAGUCAGUGCUGGUCCCACAGAUACAGAGAUGUCAGGUUGUGAUGAUUCUAACACAGAGGCUGAAGAUCAGGGGAGUUUAUCUGACUCCACAGACAAGGCCGAGUUAGAACACAGACAGUUGGAGAAUUUGAUUGAGGUCUUACAAACAGAGGGCCUCCUCCCUGUAGUCAAAGUAGUCUGUGAUUGGAUGAAGUGCAAUAAAGAUGUUAUCCUCACCUGUGCUCAGAGCUCUCAGUCUCUGUGGCACAGAUUGUCAGUGUUGUUAAACAUUCUACCUAAAGAAUCGAUCAUAGUGGGACAUGACCAGUGCUGGGUCGACCAGUUGAAGACCACACUGAACACCACUGGUCAACCACACUGGAGGCAGAUCUUUCCUCUAACAGAGGACAUCAAUCUGUGGCAGUUCUCUCCCCUUACGGAAGCCCACAUGGGGAUAGAGUUCACAACAAAGAGGAGGGGCCAACUCAGUGAUGUACAAGAGUGUUUCUUAAGGACAGGGAGCUUAAGGCAUUUUGGAUACUACCUGUCUUCUUUGGAGAAUUUGACCUUCAUUUAUGAUGAAGAGCAGAGUUUGUUUAUUGGUCCGUCCCACACAGGAAACACCGAGGAAAAUGAAAAAGAGGCUAUGGAUCGAGAGGCUGAUGAGGAGAGCCGACGAAACCAGUUAAUGAGGGAUAUGGCUCAGCUUCGCCUACAGGCUGAGGUCAGUCAGUUAGAAGGGUCCCUGGAAGCCUCAGACACACCACACUUCCCUCCCUAUUUGAUCCCAGACACAACUUGUCUGUGUGACAGUCUACACCUGGUCAAACAGCUCACCCAGGGUGGAAAAGGCAUUCUCAUCAUCCCUAUCUCAGUGAUUGAUACACUGGAUGUCCUAAAGAAGGAGUCAGUGGGUGCUAGAGAGGCCAUCAGGUGGCUGGAGUCAGAAUUCAGAAAAGGAAACAGGUACAUACGAGCACAGAAAAGCAAUGAGAAAGUAGCAGAUAAUAUACCGAAAAACCUGAAGAAAAGUAAUCGUGACUUGUGGAAUCUGUAUGAGAUACUUUCUUGUGCAAGAUACUUGGCUCAGCAGGGUGAAAAUAUCAGCUCUGGUCACAUGGUGGCUGUGUUGUCUAGCAAAGACCUGGUCCGGACAUCUGCCCCACCCACAUUACACAAGUCUCUGGCUAACUGUCAUCAGGAUGGGAUUAGCAUAGAAAAGAUCUCUGCUUUCACCAAUAAGUGGUUAGACACAUCAAAAAGUAAUGGCUGACACAAUGCUGAAACAGGGCGUGAUUCGCCAGGAGUUAAACUCAAAAUGGGAAACGGAUUUCCUUAUACAGCAUAUGAAGAAUUCACUGAAAAAAAAUCUUCAGAAUUAAAUAAUAUGUGUGUUACAUUGAAAGAGAAUGAAAUUCCUCUUGUUGAAAUGUUUUUCAUAAAGUGAGUAAAUUUCAAGCACUUUGGAAUAUAUAAACAUAUUCCAAAAGGAGGUUACACACAGAAAUGCAACACCGGUAACACCAUCAGUUCAUAGUGUAAAAACUCCAAUCACAUUGUAUUGGUUUGUGUUUUAUUUUGUAUAAUGAUAAUCCAUAUAUCUUACUACUGUUAAUCAUCUAGACAACAAAAUUAUCAGAAGAAGCCAUUUUCAGGUCUUUGAUGUUUCUUUUUUUCUUUUUAUUAGCCAAUCAAUAGUUUCCCCCCCUGUUUUUUAGAUUGAUUGCUCUGCUUCAGAAAUUUAUUGUCAGUAAUAAUCUUGGCCUGUUUCAGUAAUCUUUCCCUACCUCUUGUUGAGCAUUCCACUAUGUGCUUAGGGAAGAAACCCAAACUGCUUUCAAACAAUUAUGCAAAUCACUGUUAUUUUUUCCAAUGUAAAAUGCUAUAUAGCCAGAGGUUAUCAAUGUAUAAUCAUAAUAGAAUAUAAUAGAAUUCAGACUCCAGCAAACAAAGUUUGUUCUAUUUAAAAUCUGUGUUACUAGAAUCUGUUAAAUAGCAGGUGAUUUUGGGAACUGCUAAAUAAAAGUGAUACUGUG